GCAAAAGUGCCAUCAAGCGACUUGUCUUUGAGGCAGGUACUUUCGUAGUGGCUGAACUAAAGGUGGCUUCAGGGAAGAAGGAUGAGCAACUUCUUCGAUUAGAAAACUCAUCCCUCAAGUUGGCCAGCAAGCCACAGCAGGUAAAGAUUGAUGUGUCCAGUGAGCUCAGGGUGUCGCAGGCUCUCACCAGGCGUGGCGUGGCCCUUGAGAUGUGUGGCAUGUGCUCCUUUGCCGAGCAUGAGAGUUACCAGCCUCCAACUUUAGAUCAGGCGUUGAGGGCCGAUCGUGAACUCUGGAUCCGCAUCAGCGAAACAGUUCGUCAUCAGUUCGCAGGGACUCACGGCACUGGCCCAGUGGAUGAUGCCAUAAAGUGCCACAAGGUCAGCUCCCCUGCCCAAGCAGUUCAGGAGCAAGAGUGCCCUCCCCAGCCCAAUGCUGACACAGUCAGAGAUGACGCAGACGAGGUGGAGCAUAGCUUUCCUUUGGAUUCCCACCGUCCUUCCCCUGUCUCCGCCUGUGUCUCUUUCUCUGCCCGUGUGCUCCCAGUGAUCGACUGGACUCGGUCCUGGUUGAGCUUGCAUCUCUCUGCCCAUCUCCCCGUGAUCCACUGGUUUUGGUCCGGGUCGAGAUCAGCACUUCCACUGUCUUCCCGUGAUCCCUUGGACUUGGUGGAGCAUAGCUUUCCUUUGGAUUCCCACCGUCCUUCCCCUGUCUCCGCCUGUGUCUCUUUCUCUGCCCGUGUGCUCCCAGUGAUCGACUGGACUCGGUCCUGGUUGAGCUUGCAUCUCUCUGCCCGUCUCCCCGUGAUCCACUGGUUUUGGUCCGGGUCGAGAUCAGCACUUCCACUGUCUUCCCGUGAUCCCUUGGACUUGGCCUUCAGGGCCAUAGGCAUGCAGGUCAUCCCGGUUGACACCAAGGAUGCAGCGCAGGUAAAAAUGGUCAAGUUGAAUCUGUUGCACAGCAACUCAGUGCAAAUGGUGCUCAGGCUACUUGAGACCAGAAAGGUGGUCUUUGUGCAUAUGGCGCCUCCAUGCAGCACGUCGCUCAAAGCCUUGCCUUUUGGAGCCACAGGCAGCGUUCAAGGCUUCUGCAGGUGUAGCGUUGCCCUUUGGGCGCUAGUGCUGCACUAUGUGUUAGUUCCAAUCACGGUCUUCUUCGAUGACUACACCUCAGUGGUCUCUGCUCUAGAUAGCAGCAGCUCUGAAGCAGCAUUCGUGCUUCUCAUGAGAAUACUAGGGUGGAAGGUGGCAGCUGACAAAGGCCAGCCCUUUCCAGAGCCUUGGAAUCAGCUUCCUGCUUCCAAGGUCUGCAACCGUGUGGCAGAGCAAGUGCGCAUGAGUGCUCGGUCUUUGCAGGCCGACUUAGGUGGAUGGAAGGCCAAACCUUCGGCAGGCUGGGACGAAAGUUCUUCCGCGUUUGAGUGGAUCCUUCACAACGUCCCCAAGGGGGCAUGGCAGGAGUUCUCUGCCGAGGCAAUGGCAGGCCGUGGCAGUUCUGGAGCCUACAGGUAUGGCGUCAUUGCGGCGCAAGCUUAUCCUCGGAGCAACAUGCUCAUAGUCCAGGCCUGCCUGGCAGCUGAGGUCGACUAUGGCCUCAGCUUGUGGAUUGCAAGGGUGCAGGAGGAACAGAGACCGUGCAAGGCCCCCAGACUUCACCAGCCGAAGCUAAGGGCCGUUGGAGACUACAAAGUCUCGGAUGCCCAAGCUGAACGUCAGGCUGCACUCACAAAGUGGACUCAGAUCAUCAGGUUGAUCCCGAUGCUCUUCGACGCGACCACGUUAUCCCAGGUUCACCAUGAGGAUUUUGCAGUUGAGUUUGGCAGCUGGGUUGUCAAGAACUUCCCAGCAGAGACAAUCUCUGAGUCCAUGGUCUUUUUGUACUGCAAGAAGCUGAGGACAGACAAGCAGGGGCCAGCCAAACAGGCUCAACCACUUACAGCAGCUCAGGUGCUGUGGCUUGAGCAUCUCGCGCGGCAAGCAGAAGAUGCUUACAAGAAGCUCUUGGCAUCAUCUUUCCUGCUGAUGUUGUAUGCCAGAGCUCGACACAGUGACAUCAGAAGAGCCGUCAGGAUUGACAUUGAUGCUGGCUCAGACUUCAUUUCAGGUUUUGUGGAGCUAACUGUUCAGGAACCAAAGCAAAGCAGGGCAGCGAGGAGAAAACGCCUCAUGUUACCUGUAGUGGCUCCUCUCAUGGGCAUAGGAGAUAGGCCGUGGGGCUCGGCCUGGCAGGCUGCUCGCAAGCGUUGGAAGCUUGGACAUACAGGUAACAUUGAGCAGGAACCUUUGCUUAAAGGCAACGCUUUUGUCCUGGUCGGCCAAAGCCAGCAUGGACACCCUCGAAAGGACUAUUUUAGGGUACCAUAG